AUGGCCGACAGAGGCAACCGGGGAAAUCGUGGCGGUGGCUUCCGCGGUGGAGACCGUGGUAGAGGUGGCGGUCGAGGCCGAGGAGGCGAUCGUGGGGAUUUCGGCGGAGGUCGAGGCCGAGGGGGCGGAGACUAUGGCGGCGGCCGAGGCAGGGGAGGAGAUCGUGGAGACUAUGGCGGCGGCCGGGGCAGAGGGGGCUAUGAUGGCGGCCGCGGCGGAGGAGAUCGCGGUGGCUUUCGUGGCGGCUUCAGUGGCUUCCGUGGAGACGGUCCCCGAGGUGGCCGCGGAGGAGGCCGCGGUGGUCGCCGUGAUGCUUCUCCUGGGAAAUCAAAGGCCUACGACGGAGCGGUUCCCCCUCCUGAUGCCCAGAUCACUCAGCUUGAGAACCAGAUUGUCGCACGUCAGUCCUCAUCCCUGGCUGUUAUCACCAAGCAGGUGGCCGCUAUGAGCGUCAAGGGAAAGGGGGGCAAAGUCGGCGGUGCCGGUGGUGGCAAAUCCGAAACCCCGAUGAACGACCGGCUCCCUGCCCGGCCUGCCUUCGGCACGCAGGGCAGGCCCGUCGUCCUCUGGGCAAACUAUUUCAAAGUCAACGUCACCAAGGAUUCCUUCUUCAGAUACACGAUGGAUGUCAAGAAAUGUCCCAGAAAGCCGACAGCACCGAAGAAAGAACCGGGCGGUAAGGCUGCCUCAAAGAAAGCUGGCGAAGCGCCAGGAUCUGGUGAGCCCGAUCUAGCACGGGAAGUCAAGGGCAGAGCACUGUUUUAUGUCAUCAAAGCGGUUCUUGCGAAGCUCUUAUCCCAGGACAAGACGCUCGUUGCUGUCACCGAGUUCAAGAGCCAGCUCGUCACGCUCAAGAAGAUCGACUUGGUUGAAAAUCCUCUCGAGGUUGAGGUUCCACGGGACGAAGGAGGCGACCUUAUGGACACAUAUCUGGUCCAGUUCCACGGCCCAGCCGAUGUUGACGUGGGCAACAUGAAGCAGUAUCUGACCUCCAUGAUCGAUGCGCCGGGCGCCGCCGACGAGGCUCCCUUUCCACGCUUCCCUGAAGUCGUUGAUGCGCUCAAUAUCAUCUUGGGCCACGGGCCACGAAGCGACCCCAACAAGACCGCGGCCGUCGGGUCAUCACGCUUUUUCCCUUUUGGCAACGACAAAGUGAUUGAGCAACUUACCCAUAACUGGCGAGCUCUGACGGCGGCCCGUGGCUACUUCCAGUCCGCCCGCCUUGCAACUGGUCGCACGCUGCUGAACGUCAACGUCACCCACGGCGUCUUCACGCUCGCUGGCCCCAUGAGGGAGAUUUUUGACAAUCUAGGCAUGAAAGCCGCCUACCAAGACAAAACCCAGGCGUGGAAACUCAGGGCCUUUGGCAAAUUCCUGCCCAAGACACGUGUCUGGGUUACAAUGAAGACUACUGAGGGCAAGACUAUUCGCCGUUCCAAAGCUAUACGAGCUCUUGCUACCUCUUUCGAUGCAAAGAUGAAAGGACGCGGCAUGGCCCAUCCGCCAAAGUUUGAUGGUGGAAUGGAGUAUGGGGGGCCCAAGAAUGUUCAAUUCUGGCUAGAAGACGACCGACGUUACGUUACAGUCUUCGACUACAUCAAACAGAAGUAUGGCAUAACGCCUGGUGACUACCCCGUGCUCGACGUGGGCAGUGAGCAGAAGCCUUUCAACUUUGUCCCGGCCGAAUUGAUUGAGAUCCAGCCUGGACAGUCAGUCAGAGCAACUCUUACCAUGGAGGAGACGACAGCGAUGCUCGAUUUCGCCUGUCGGUCGCCGUACUCGAACGCCUUGUCGAUUAGCACGGCCAGCCGUCAAGCUCUUGGUCUCGACGACACAGCACUGGGCAAAUUCGGCAUCUCUGUCGACAAGCAAUUGUUGACCGUACAGGGAAGAAUUCUCAAGGCGCCAACGGUGAGCUAUAACAGUAUGGACGGGAGGGGAAAGAACAUUAGUGUGAUGCCGAAGAAUGGCUCGUGGAACAUGAGAUCAGUGAGGGUCCUCAAACCAGGCACCAAGAUCCAGCGCUGGACUUGGGUCAACGUGGCGACACCCCGCCAACGUCCAUUUCCAGUUGACAAGUCGGUGGUGGAACAGUUUGGAGCAUUCCUGGUGAACAUGGGCAUCCCCAUCAACAGACUCCCCGUGCCACCCAAAAGCGAGCAAAUCGAACUUGAUUCCAGCUCUGAAGAAGCUGAGGAUCGUCUCCACAGAAUGUUCACUUGGCUCGAAGAGCAAAAGAUUGAUCUCAUUGUCAUCGUUCUCGCCGACAAGGACUCUACCGGCCUAUACAGCAAGAUCAAGGCGUUUGGGGACUGCGGUUACGGAAUCCAUACGAGCUGUUUGGUGGCGAGGACCUUUGCCAAGGCAAGCCCGGCCUAUUUUGCCAACGUCGGGCUCAAGAUCAACCUGAAGGCUGGAGGCACAAACCACAAGCUACUGGAGGAAUCCAGUCUCGUCAGAGAGGGCAAGUCAAUGGUCGUUGGCUACGACGUAACCCACCCGACGAACAUGCCCAUUAAGAAGGGCAACGAGCCCCCCAGUCUGGUGGGAUUCGUCUCCAGCAUCGACAGGGACCUCGGCCAAUGGCCUGCACUGGCGUGGGAGCAAGCUUCCAAGCAAGAGAUGCUUACGGACAAGCUCAUUGACGUAUUCAAGACGCGGCUGGAUAUCUGGCGCGACCACAACAAAGGCCAGUUACCCGAGAGCAUCAUCAUCUAUCGAGACGGCGUCUCCGAGGGCCAGUUUAGCCAAGUUCUCGACCAAGAGCUCCCCAGCAUCAGAGAAGCCUGCCGCAGCAAGUACCCGCCCAAGUCCCAGCCAAAGCUCACCAUCCUGGUCUCCGUGAAGCGGCACCAGACUCGGUUCUACCCUACCUCGACAAACGAAAUGUCUGAUUCGGGCAACGUCAUCAACGGUACAGUGGUAGACCGCGGCGUGACAUUGGCAAGGUAUUGGGACUUCUUCCUGACGGCACACGAGGCUCUCAAGGGCACCGCCAGGCCAGCCCACUACACGGUUCUUCUCGACGAAAUCUUCCGGCCUAGAUUCGGCACCCAGGCGGCCGACGAACUGGAGCGGCUGACGCACGAGUUGUGCUACCUCUACGGCAGAGCAACCAAAGCCGUUAGUAUCUGUCCUCCAGCGUACUAUGCAGAUAUUGUCUGUGAACGUGCUCGCGCACACCGUCCCGACAAGUUUGAGGAGCGCGACUCGGACGGUAAGCCUGGAGGCAGAACAGACAAGGCAGGCAGUGAAGAUCCGAACAAGCCGAAAUACCGGAAAAUACCCUCUGAGGUGCACGAAAGGCUCAGAAACAGCAUGUACUAUAUCUGA